UUAUUAUGAAUUUAUAAUGAAUUUGAGUAAAUUUUUUAUUUAACACACAGAAUUAGGAUACCACGCUAUAGACAUGAUAUUUAUAAGUUCAUCCUGUAUCAAGAUUUACUCAUAACAAGAUACUUUCAAUUGUGUAAUGACGCAUGUUAACACCUAAAUUUACUUUUGCGUUCAUGUUAUCGUCAAUGUAACUGAAGACACGUUACGCUUCUGUAAACUUAAGCAAAGGAAACUUUAUAAGUAUGCCGCACAUUUUUGCGUCGAGUCUUUAGUUCGAGGUUUUCCUUACGGCCACGAUAUGGAAUUACGCGUGUUUCGGUUUUUUCUGACGUGCUAUCUCACUUGUACUCUAUGCAGAUAUGCAAUUAGUGGAUCAACGCUCACUGAAGUUUUCUCGAUCAUUAAUAACACUUCUCAAUCGGAUGCAAGAAAAUCUGAGAUAGGCAAUACAGGAACUGAACGAUCAAUCGUGACGGAAACGAGACUGGAUGAAGUUAUUUUGAAAGAUGAUCAGUCUAAAAUUGAAAUUCCACAUUUAUCAACAGUGACGAGCGAUUUUAAGAAAGCAAAAUGUUCUAGGUACUGUAUAGAGCAGUUGGAAAAUAAUAAAGGUUUUGAAGACAUUAAUCUUUUUUGGUUAUUCGCCGAUCAACAAAACGAAGAGGAGUAUUUUUCAAUAGAAAAUAGCCCAAACUUAAAGAUAUUUAGAUCUUCAGAUAAUAAAAAUUCAACAAUUUUAGACAAUUGCCGAAUUUAUCUUAAUUUAAACUGUGAUAUUAUAAAUAAGGAAAGAAAUUUGAUUACUCAAAACAAAUUGUACUUGAAUUCUGAAUUUAAUCAACAACGCGAAAAAUUUAAAAAUUAUUUUUCGAAUACUACUCCAGAAUUUUCGAAGAUACUAGUUCACACACCUAAUUUAAGCGGAUAUACUGAAACUAACUUUCAAGUUGAUACCAAUGUAAUUGAACUUAUAAUCAAUAUAUUUGGAAAUUUCAGUGCAGUUAUAACAAUACCUAUAAACAGAACGAUUGAGAGACCAGGGAUGGUGAUGUCAUCGGCAAGUAUAUACAAUGAAAAAGGGGUUGUUAUCGGCGCGCGCAACCUACCGGGUAGAUGGUGCGUGAAGCUAACGGGAGUGGAAAAUUCAAAAUACGACUUCUACGUGAUCGCUUAUUAUAAAGCAAGUGAGGAAAACAGGAAGAACAAUAUUAUCAAUACUAAUUCCACAAAUGAAAUUAAUAGAAAAACAAAUUUUGAUACAUAUGAAGCAUUCGAUAAAAAGCAUACGACAACAGAAAACAAAGCAUCAACUAUUAUUAACGAGAUUAAUUUCAAUGAAAUGAAACAAAUACGUGAGAAUACUAUUGAUGGUACUAAUUCAAUGUUUCUAAUAAAUCACACAAUGAAUAGAAAGCCAAAGUUUGCCAGAUCGACAAAAAUUAUAGUUUCAACAAGCAACGAUAAAACAAUGGCGGGUGAUUUCUCUGAUACAUCCUUUUUUUCACAUGAAUCUAGUGCAGUUGAAAACAUCAAUUAUUUUAUUCUGCGUAACAAUUCUUUAAUGAGUUAUGGUGAUUUUCAAAUUUUACCAAAUGCAACUAGUAUCAAGCAACAGCAGAAAAUUCAAGCGCGAUCGUCGGAAGUUGCAUCAUUAAAUGAAGAUACUGAAGAUGCAAAGAUGAAAUCAUCCAUGAGUGAGAUUGUACCGAUGCAAAUGACAAAUAGCGAUCAAAGUCAAAAACUUUCAACGCAAUUCGCUAAAAUUAACGACGAUCCUUUUGAAAGAAGAAAAAUACUACUAGAAGUCAAUGCCAACAGUAAACUAAUUGCAGUACCAGGCACAACUCAUAGAGUUGUCUUUGAUGCAACGAACAGUUGUAUCCUGCCAGUUAGAUAUGCAAUUCGAGCUAGAAGUUCACCACUUAGAAUUGUAAAUAUGCAGCCAUCAUAUUAGUAAGUAAAU